GGGGAGCCCCCUGCUACCUGCAGGGUUCAUUGCGGGGAGGAGGAAUGUGUUUCCAAAAAAAGCCAUGAUUUGUUGGGAAAAAAGUGACUGAAAUGAGCCUCGUGCAGCGCGGCCUCAGAAACACCCAGCCGGGCUCCGAGUCCUGGGCUCCUGGCCAACUGCAGUUUCAGUUUCUCAGGAAGUGGCUGAGAGCUCUGAGCGGGGUGGGAGGAAGGGCAGGCCGGCCUAGGGCCUGGGAGCUGGGGCUCUGCUGGGGGCAGAGAAGAUCCCUAAAUCCGGAGGAAGGAGGCCGGUGGGGGGCUCUGAGGAAUCCACGGCCCGGGUCUCAGAGCACAAUCUGCACAGACAGCCCCGUGGGGCUCAGACAUUAUGGAGCACGGACCCACUGGGAGCUCUGCAGCCACUGGCGGGGCCCGGGGCACAAUCUUUAUUAGAGAGUUGACUGGCAGAGUGAGUGUCCUGGACGUGUGUUGGGAGGACACUGGGGUGGAUCUGAAGAGGAGGGUGAAACAAAAAAUUGGUCGCGACAGUGAUGUUGACGGGCUUAGACUGGUAUUCGCAGGCAAACAGCUGGAAGAUGCCAGGAGUCUGCGGCACCAAGGGCUGACCAAUCACUGCACUGUCCAUUUGGUUAAGCGAUUGCGUGGUGGUGGUGAUCCAAGCUUCCUUCCUCCAGACUUUCACUUUCCUGCUGUAACUGCACAAGGCACAGAGAAAGCCCAGCCACAUUCAUCAUCUCCAGACAAAGCAGAACCUGAGGAACAAACACGAGAAGCAAGAAAAGUAGUGGCUCCAUUUAGAUACUCUGCCAUGUUAAAGGGAAAAUGCAAGAGGUGUGUCGGAGAGAUCCUUCCAGAGGUAACGCCGGAGAUUGUUGCAGGCACAGAGGAGAACGGGACUGUCUACAGAGCUCGCAUCCCCAGCGCUGGCUCCUUCCACUGCUCCGAAACGGGGCUUGGCUUUGAGGUGAGCGCAGCAGUGACCAUCGAGUACGAAUACGGCUCCUGGGCGGAGAGUCUGAGCCCAUCUGCCAGGCAGGAGUGGAUGGUCGCUGGCCCCCUGUUCCACAUCAGGGCCGAGCCUGACACGGUGCGAGCCGUGCACCUCCCCCACUUCGUGUGCCUUGCAGAUGGAACAGAUGAAAGCUUGUGCCACAUUGCCCAUUUUGAAGCUGGCAGGAUGACCCUGGAGAGUCCAACUAGAAUUAAUAACUUCUUUGCUGUCCUGGAGAAUCCCAGCUUCUCCCAGCUCGGCGUGCUUUGGAGAAAGAUACGUUCAACCAUAAAAUUUAUUCCCAUCCAUUCCCUUGUGCUGAUAUUCCGGAUGCUCAGUGCUGCAGAUGUCACUCUCCACCUCUACCUGAUACCCAAUGACCACUCACUGAGGAAGGCCAUUGAAGAAGAAGAAAUGAAGUGGAAGUCAAAGCAUGUACCCAAGCCUCCUCAGACUGACCCUCUGUACUUUGGGUCUCGGUACCAGGUGUCCGGUCCAUCAGAUCUUGAGAUAACCCCGAUGCAACUGCACUUCUGCUAUCGGAGUCCAGGUGAGCAGCAGUCGUAUAUUGAGAUCUACACCAAGGAGCUGGAGAAGGAAAUCAGGCUCCAUGUGAAUGGUCAAGAUGAUGGCAGCUUGGUCUGGGAGGCCUUGGUGAGGCCAGGGGACGUUAGUCUUUCUGCUUUGUCCUCCCAAACGCUCACAGGUGCAGCCUUCGUGGUGAAGCACCGGAGGCAGCUCCGUGCUCGAAUGGGACAGAUCCAGCCUGUGCUGGUGCGCUUACGGGAGGCCCAGCUCCUUAGCAGUGAAGAAGAGGAAGAGGUGAGAAGUGAACGGACAAGUCGAAUGAGGAAUGACGCCUUACUGCAACUGGUUGAGCGCAAGGGAGCUCAGGCCCAAGAAGAACUCUACCAGACUCUCAGAGAGAUGGACCCUUACCUUGUACAGGACUUGGAGCAAUCCAGCUAGGGCCUGGAGAUCCUGCUACCUGCCACCUGUGCUCCUGGCUGUGCCAUCGCCAGGGACUAUGGAGCAAUAUGAUUUACGUCACAUGAGGAGCUUUUCAAGCCUUCUGACACAGCCACUGGGCUUGUGUCUCACCACUGUGUGCCACACUAGCAGUGUAAAGGAGCUGGAAAGCUGGCUGACCAUUCCAGAUGGAGAUUCCCCUGCACAGCUGACUCUCUGACGUCACUCACAACAGCCCCAGGGGCCCUCUGCAACCAGGCCCAAUCGAGAGUAGCCCUGACUCCUAGUCCAGAGCUUUCACCGGUAAAUCAUCUGUGAUAAAUGAAAGGGGUGGGGGGGUAGCUCCCUUUUAUGGACACCCAGCCAGCCAGUUAGCUCUAAAAUCCCUCUUAGUGCUUGUUCUCUAUUUGCUUUACCUGUAAAGGGUUAAAAAGUUUCCUUGCAUAGGCAAAAGGGAGGGAGUGAGCACCUGACUAAAAGAGCCAAUGGGAAGACUAGAGCUUUUUAAAAUGGGGAAAAACUUCCCUAUGUCUGUCUGUCUGUUGUUCUCCCAGAGAAGCAGAGAGUGGGCUGGAAAGAUCUGUAAGAAGCUUGGGGCCAGGUUUGAAAAUCAUCUGAGUCACCUAAAAACUACUCAUGUGAAACCCCAGUUAUGUAAAUAGAUCAGGAAUGUCUAGGAAGACAUGAUUAAGUUUAUCUUUGUUUAUUUCUUUAUGCCUUGUGGACUCCUCUGUGCUAACCCCAAAUGCUUUUGUUUUGCUUGUAACCUUUAAACUGGACCUCGAGAAGUUUAUUCUUGAUGCUUAAUUCUUGUAAGUGGGCUUUUAAAAUCUCGCACUACCCUGCAUUUUCAAAUGUAUUUUCUGACAUUUUAUUAAAAACAAAAAAUAUCUUGUUUAAGGACAGGACUAGAUUUUGUGUCCUAAGAGGUUUGUGCGCAUGUUGUUUAAUUAGCCGGUGGCAACAGCUGAUUUCCUUUGUUUUCUUUCUCAGCUCUUCUCCGGAGGGGAGUGAAAGGGCUUGAGGGUUCCCCACAGGGAGGAAUUCCCAAGUGCACCUUCCUGGAUUCUCAAAGGGGUUUUUGCACUUGGGUGGUGGCAGCAUCUACCCAUCCAAGAUCAGAGAGAAGCUGUAACCUUGGGAGUUUAAUACCAGCCUGGAGUGGCCAGUAUUAAUUUUUAGAAUCCUUGCAGACCCCCACCUUCUGCACUCGCAGUGCCAGAGUGGGGAAUCAGCCUUGACAUCGUGCGUCCUCCCUAACAAAGGCACUGACACCUGUAAGAACUCUUCAGCUGGCUCCCAGCAGCGCAAUGCCUUAACACAGGAAGUACCUCCUUCGCUGAUCUCCCACCCCAAACUGGUCUUUAGGGGCCUCGCUGAACUCUAACCCUUGUAUCCAGCACAGGGGAAUUCUAUAUUAGACCUCAUCUGGACAGAUAAAGAGGGACUGAUCACAGAACUAAAAAUUAAUAGUAACUUACAUACAAGUGAUCAUGACUUGAUCACACUUACAAUGUGCAAACAGAAUAAAGUCCACACCAAUGAUGGCGCUUCACAAGGGCCAGUUUCACAAAGCUGUAAACAAUUAUGAGCCAAAUCAGCUGGGAGAAAAAAAAUCAUUCAGAAAAUGUGAAUGACAAUUGGGAAUUGUUUAAGGACACUGUAGUAGAAAGAAAGAGCCUGAAGCAAGGGCCUGGUGCAAGGCCUGAGGCCUGAACCAAAGUCAGCAGAAGUUAUGCUAUGAGCAACAGUCAGGCCCUGUCAAAGCAGAUGCUUGCCUGCAAGCCAGUGUCUGGGACACAAACUCGAUGCCGGUAUUGCUAAAACACACAGAAUAUGCAAACACAGGCCAGCACAAGAACACCCCAACCUAGCACACAAUAAAAUGGUUUGACAAUGGUGA